AUGUCAAACCUUCGGAAGAAGGUAGGCGAACGAGAUGCAGCGAAAUUAACAGUGUCCGAGUUGCAAACGGCGCAUCAACGCAUCAUAAAACAUGUCCAAGAAACAGAAUUCGCAGAAGAAGUCGCUGAUUUGUCAAAGGGGCGCCAGUUACGAUCAAGCAGCAAGAUUCUAUCACUGCAUCCAUUCUUGGACGAACAAAAUAUUCUGAGGGAGACAUCCUAUAAUUCUACCAGCCAAUGCUCGAUUUUCAAAACUGCUAGCCGAGAGGGAGCAUAUUCGGUUGCUGCAUGCAGGACAACAACAUUUACUCUACUCUAUAAGAUAUUGGCCGCUACUAUAAGAGAGCGCUACUGGCUGCUCAAGGGGCGCGAUUUGGCGCGACGAACUUGCCGCGAGUGUAUUCGCUGUACUAGAACCAGUCCGCAUGAACUAUCUCAAUUAAUGGGACCUUUACUGAGCGAUCGAAUUAAAUCCAGCCGCGCCUUUACAGUAACCGGCGUAGAUUUCGCCGGGCCUAUCACUACUCUCGUCAACAAGGGACGAGGUAGGAAGAUUAACAAAUCUUAUAUAGCACUAUUUGUUUGCUUCUCUACAAGAGCCAUACAUUUGGAGGCCACAAGCGAACUCACGUCCACGGUUUUUCUCGCAACUCUUCGACGAUUCACAGGCCAAAGGGGACGUCCGUGCAAAAUGUACAGCGACAACGCUACAAACUUUGUCGGCGCCAACCGCGAGCUAAGAGAAAUGUACCAAUUUGUUAAGGAGCAAGUCAAGGGAGACAUCAGCGAGGUGCUUGCGAACGAAGGGAUAGAUUAG